AUGAACAAUGAAGACAUUACUUCUGCUCCAAAAAGUUCAAAUCAUCGACACCAUAAAAUUACUAGCUACCAACAACAACACCAUAAUCACCACCAUCAUUCCUCCUCCUCCUCCUCUUAUGAACAUAAGCAACACUCUACACAACAAAAUCAAACUGGACAUCGACGACACUUACAUCACCAUCAUCACCACAACCGUCAUAAAAACCAGCGGAACCCUGCGCAAAUACCUUCUGAUUCAGCUGCAACACCAGCUGCAUCAAGAAGAAGCCUUCAUCGGCACCAUCACAAUGAUGGUGAAACUAAUGCUACUGCACGCAACCACUAUGAAAAUCCUGAUUUUAAUAGAAAUAAUGAUACCGAAACCAGUACCAAUCACUCUCAGAACAAAGAUAACUGGACAUGUAACACAGUUCCAACUAUAACUUCAUCCUUAUUGGACCGUAACCCUAAGGCACUACUAACUUCUCACCGCCCAUCCAAGAAGUCUCUUUAUACUUCCUCCCAGCUGAUACCGUCUCGAGCAUCUUUAUCCCCUCCACUCAGUUCCAGUUUAUCUGACAGCCCCUCUUUGAGCAAAAGACCUCGAGUGUCAACACCGCUGUCAGAAAUGACUGAUAUCGACAGUGAAACUUCUGUUUGCAGUGAGGCCCACAUCCAUUCCUUGUUUCCUGAGCUGCUUGUCAUGAUCUUUUGCUACCUGGAUGUACGAGAUAAGGGACGAGCUGCUCAGGUAUGUGUCCGCUGGCGUGAUGCUGCUUAUACUCGCACAGUAUGGCGGGGUGUUGAGGCAAAAAUUCAUCUCCGUCGCUCUAACCCAUCGCUCUUCCGUAGCCUGGCCAAACGUGGUAUCCGGCGAAUUCAGAUUCUCAGUCUGAAACGAAGUCUUCGAGAUGUCGUGGCCGGCAUACCUGACCUGGAAAGCUUGAAUCUGAGCGGCUGUUAUAACAUCACUGAUGCAGGCCUUGGUCAGGCACUUCUGCAUAGACUACUCACAGUUCACGAGCUCAACUUGAGUCUUUGUAAACAGAUCACGGAUUACAGUCUUAGCAGGAUUGCUAUUUACUUAAAAAAUUUGCGAGUUCUUCACUUGGGUGGUUGUUCAGUUAUUACAAAUGCAGGAUUGUUUGUUAUCUCCUAUGGACUCGUGAAAUUGAAAUCGCUUGAUUUACGCAGCUGCAGGGAUCUGUCGGACCAGGGUAUAGCACAUUUAGCAGGGCUUGGUGACGAGGUGACACACCAGGGAAAUUUGGCACUAGAACAUUUAUGUUUGCAGGAUUGCCAGAAACUCACAGACCAAGCCUUGCGCUACAUCAGCAUUGGGUUGAAAAACUUGACUAAAGUUAAUCUAAGCUUCUGUGGUGGUGUCACAGAUGCUGGUCUACAGUAUCUUGCCAAAAUGCCAAGUCUCCGAAAAAUAAACUUAGCUAGCUGUGAUCAAGUGACAGAUGCUGGCCUGGCACAUCUAGCCCGAGGUGGAUCGCGGAUUACUUCAUUAGAUGUGAGUUUCUGUGACAAGAUUGGGGACUGGGGAUUAAGCUGCUUAGCAGGAGGUCUCUUCAACCUCGAAUGUCUCAGCCUUAGUGCCUGUAAUAUUAGUGAUAAUGGCAUCAGUCAUAUUGUACAAACAAUGCAUGGACUGACCACUCUCAAUAUUGGUCAGUGCCACCGAAUCACUGAUCGUGGUCUGAACUUGAUUGCAGACAAUCUGAAGAAGCUAUCGCGGAUGGACCUUUAUGGCUGCACACAAAUCUCAGCCAAGGGUCUGGAAAGAAUUAUGCAAUUACCAAGUUUGUCCAGUCUCAAUUUGGGCCUUUGGCACAAGAGGUGA